GGCGUGGAUCAUGGAAAAAAUCAUUAAAUAUAUUAGCUUCAGUCUUGCCAUCAUAUUUUGCUACUUUAAUUUGCUCUUCUAUGAAUGUUCCACUGUUCGGGUUGUCGAAAGGAAGCGAAGUAGGAGAAGAUGUGCUCCUUACGAAGGCAAGGCAACAUCUUCGUACUCACACUGACCGGCGCCGGUGAACACAGGCUCAAUCCCACCCUCAUCGACGCCAUUAAAUCAUCUCUUCUCAGAGUCCGCGCCGCGCUCCCCCCGCCCUCUGUUCUGAUCACCACCGCCCAUGGCAAAUUCUUCUCCAACGGCUACGACCUCGCAUGGUCCAAGUCGCCCGAUCCCGUCGAGUCAGACGCCCGGGGCCGCCUCAUGGUCGCCAAAUUCAAGGCUCUUGUGGCCGAUUUCCUCUCUCUCCCGAUGCCGACGAUCGCCGCCGUCAAUGGCCACGCCUCCGCGGCCGGCUUCGUCCUCGCGCUGAGCCACGACUACGUCCUCAUGAGGAAGGACCGGGGGUUUCUCUACAUGAGCGAGCUCGACAUCGGUCUCGUUAUCCCGCGCUGGUUCACGGCGGUGAUCCGGUGCAAGAUCGGGUCGGCGGCCGCCCGGCGCGAUGUUUUGCUCCGGUCGAAGAAGGUCACCGCUGAGGAGGCGGUGGCCGAGGGCAUAGUAUUCUCGGCUCACGACGGCGCGGAGGAGACCCUGAGGGCCGCCGUGCGAUUGGGGGAGGAGUUGGAGGGGAGGCGAUGGGAUGGACACGUGUACGGUGAGAUCCGUAUGGGGUUGUAUUCUGAAAUUCCGGAGGCGAUUAGAUUGGACGGAGAAAUGAGUGGGACUGCGUCAAGAUUAUGAGCUGUAAUGGUGUAAUGCAAUCAAACGUAUUGCUUCUGCGUUUGCAAAAUAGUCAAAAUGCGAUUGCGGACUACAGCAAAUUGGUAUUUUAAUUUGUAAGCAAUCGCCUCUCUCUCUCUCUCUCUCUCUCUCUCAAUAAUUUUGCAAUCAAUGCAAUAAAGAAGCUAAAGUGAGUUAAUAUUUCAUAAAUCCAAACAGGAUUAGAUUUGAA